CACAGUUUGUAGAAAUUCUUCCAAAAUCUUCUAAUCAUCUCUUUUAACUGUUUUUUUUUACCUAGCAUUUGUAUAUAAUGGUAAUAAUUAUCUCUAUAUACAGAACACAGACAUAAACUGGAGUAGAAUAAAUAAAAAAUAAACAAUAAAAGAGGGAAAACCAGUUCCACUGACACAGAAUAAAUAAAUAAAGAGACAAUUCAGGUAAAAUAAGGAGGAGCUCCCUGAUAAAACAAUACUGACUGAGCCCACAUUUCAAAUCCCCAAAACUUUAUAAAUAUAAGUCAGGUGCUCUAAAUACACAGGUUAUUUUAUACAUUUUUACACAUUACACAAAAAGUUCCAUGUGAAAAAUUCACUUCAGACUUUUACUGUCCCACAAGAAGAAGAAAUCAUUUUUGCAGCAAGUGGCAUAAAAAACAAAUGCAAGCAAAAAACACAAGAAAAUUAAAAAAACGAAUUAUUCUGGUGGUUCAGUGACUCGUUAAAUAUAUAUAUAUAACUGCUACAUCCCUGUGUCAAGUUCCUGUCACUCUACUGUAAAAUAAAGUCUAAGAAAUACCCUGGAACGGACUGAAUUGAAUAUAAUUGUGGGAUUAAGGGAAAUUGAGUCGAAUAAAGGGAAUAAAUUACAAAAAGCAUAGAUGUAAUGCCUUUGGCGACCAGCAGGAGGUGCUGUUUUAUUAGUAAGAAGAAGCUCCUGGAUCCUGGAUAUCGGCUUAAUCCUCUUAGCUCCUUCCUUAAGUCCUCUUCCUCCACGGAUCACACACUGCACACACCUAAACCUGAGCGCAACUCGCCACCAUGUACAAAACAUCCAACAGUCAGUGGGACAAGGGGAGCGAUGAUGACAAUAGUUCCUUCGGCUCCUCUUUUUGGGAUGACGGAGGGAAGCAGGAGGAUGAGGAGGUGGAGAUUGAACGAGUGGUUAAUGAGGACGACUCCAAACCUGUAGCCGAGGCAGAGGACUCCCUUCAAGAGGAAAACCCUGAGCUGAACAACCAGGGGAACUUCACCUGGGAGAGUUCAGAAGAUGGAAGUGAGGAGGAGGAGGAGGAGGAGGAAGAAGAAGAAGAAUAUGAGGAAGAGGAGGAGGAGGGACAGGAGCAGCAGGUGGUUAAUGAGGAAGACACCAAACCUGUAGUCGAGGGAGAGGACUCUCUCCAGGAGGAAAAACCUGAGCUGACUAACCAGUGGAACUUCACCGGGGAGAGUUCGGAAGAUGGAAGUGACGAGGAGGACGAGGAAGAAGAUGAGGAGGGGGAGGAGGAGGAGGAAGAAGAUGAGGAGGAGGAGGAGGAAGAAGAGGAGGAGGAGCAGCAGCAAGGGGUUAAUGAGGAAGAAUCCAGACCUGUAACUGAGGCAGAGGACUCUCCCCAGGAGGAAAAACCUGAGCUGAACAACCAGGGGAACUUCACUGGAGACAGUUCAGAAAAUAGAAGCAAUGAGGAAGAGGAGGAGGAAGAGGAAAAGUGCAGCAGCAGUUCCAGUAGUCCUGCUCCGAGUCUGAUGACCUCCGGCUAUGGCACCUACAGACCAGAGGAGCAGGAGGGAGGAGACUACAGAGACGACCACUCCAUAACCGAGUUCGACCAGGACAGUCGAGGAGACCUGUCUGAGGCGAGAGACGACGAAGAGGACGAUCGUUCUCUCUGCAGCUUCGGCGGGUUCGACAUCGAGUCCACGACUGAGCCAGAAUACAGCGACACUCGUCCAGUAACUGUGUUAGAGGACAACAAACCUGAAGCUGAUUGUGGACUUGAUAGUCCGUGUGAAGAGGAGAAUAUCACAGAUUUAAAAUCGGACGAUAACGAGUGGAAAUUUGAAAGAUCAGAGGAUCAACACCACGCUGCUGCGAGUGAAGACAGAUUUUUAUCGGAGGACAGGUAUUUGGAUGAUGCGACCGAUUCUGAAGAGGGAAAACAAUAUGAGGAGCUUGAAGAAGAAGUGUGGGAGCUUGAAGAGGAGAUUAAUGUAAAGAAAGAAACCGAGGACAAAGUGUCGCCCGAAGAUCCUGAGGAGUCCUCAAGCAACAAGGACAUCAAGUUCAUCGACUCCAACGUAGAUUCUAGCUGGACGAUGUACGACAAGAUGUUGGAGAGGGAAGGAAACCUCAGGCAGAAGAAGGACGCGGCGAGCUGUCUGGAGGAUCGACUGGCGGAGCUUCAUCUGUCCACGUCCCCUUGUCACGGCUCUGAGACGGAGAACGAAGACGUGACCAGUCAGAGCGACUCACGCAGCUCUGAGCCGGACGGGAUCUCGCUGACCGCUUUCGAAUCCUACAUCAGAGGCAUGACUCGAUCUCAAAGUGAUGGUGACCUUAGGCCCAAACCCAAAUCCUUCAUCCGGCCUGUGAUGAGUCAGCAAACCAUAAAGAAAACUGACCCAGUGGCUAAGUAUUUCCAGUACAAGCAGCUCUGGGAAAUGUUCAAACUCCCUGGAGAGAAAGACAGGAGAGCGCUCCGCUUGGAGAUGAAGGAACGUCUUGCAUACCAGCCUCCACCACCGAAACCUCGGAGAGUUUACGUGCCGAACACCUACAUUGUGCCAACGGAGAAGAAACGCUCAGCGCUCCGCUGGGAGAUCAGGAAUGAUUUAGCAAACGGCCUUCUCCCUCACAAAUUCACUUAUCGAUUUUAGGCCUUUUGCUAUCCUUAUGCCUUU